UUUAGGUACUUAAAUUAGUUUUUUGUUAAAGUAUCUGCAAUUGCAAAUGUUUACCUAUAUACAUGUUUUUAAUAUGAAAUCAUAUAAGUAACAAAUACUAGCAAAGGUGGUCCAAUGUUUGAUAUAAUAUUGCACGCGCGAUUAUGAAAACUUGUAGUUCCACUUAGUAGUUUCUCUUCGCUCUGUCACUUGGUCCUUACAAGCUGUCUGUCUACAUGAGCAGCGAAGGAAAAUAAAUGAUUUGGCGGCUGUGUUUGGCGGUAACCGCUUCGUCUCGGUUCGGAAUACUUCGGGGAAAUUGCUUGCAGGCAGAGGUAAAAUGUCGUAAGUGAACGGGUUUUGCGCUGUGCGGACGGUCUACGGAGUCGGACCACAGUUCGAGACUCGGGGCAUUCUGUUUGGCAUGAUUCUCGGGCUCGGCAUAAGGCAGCCGUUCGCCGGCUGACGCGGACCUAAUACAUUGUUACCGCGCACUUUGCUACCCAUUGUAAACAAAACAGAUGACAGAAAACUCUCUCUUUGCUAUUAAAAACAAGUACAAAAACGUCUCAGAACCUAGCAAACGCGUUGUAGUGCACAAUUUUUACUUAUAAACUCGGAAAAUCUAGAUGACCAGCCACAGUGAAUUUAGUGAGUUGCAAUAAUCAUGCCAGGUUAGAAGGUGUAUUUUGGUGCGGUGUUUUAAGUGAAAGUAGCUCAGAUAUUGCUGUUUUUGUGUGUGAUUUCGUAUAACUGUUACUGUGAUCGUGGAUUAUAAAGGCUGAGUGAAUCGUUUUAAUGUAAGUUUAAGACUGGACAUGAAGGACAGCCAGAUAAUUCUUUGAAAGCGAAGACAUGGUUGAGUCUCUAUAGCUGAUACCCUCGUGGCAGUUUCUCUCGUCGACAUCUGGUUCAUGAUCAUCUAAUAUAGGAUGCCGGCGCUCCGGCUCCUGGGGCGUAAAUGGCUGGCCGCCUCGGACGAUCUCGUAUUUCCGAGUAUAUUCGAACUUCUAUUCCGAUUCGUCUGGCUAGUCCUUAUCGCCCUGGUAGUGGAGGUCCUGUAUCCUAUAACAUGGCAGUGCCAGACGGAGGGCUGGCACGGCGGCUCCUUCGUGCGGCUGUACCUGUGCGGCACGCUGACGCUGCAAGCCUGCCUGAUGCUGCUGCUAGCGGCGCUGGCGCAACAGUCCGCAAGAGGCACCAUCACAGAGACCGACGUCAGAAAGCUCGUCUCACCUUUAUUGUUACUUAAAGUAUUUUUAGUGUUGCCCGAAGUUGGGUUGAAUGUAAUGGGGACCAUGUGGAUGUUCUGUGAAGUCAUAGAGUGUACUGUAAAGGAUAAGUUUUCUAGUAUUGUUAUACAAAGUAUAGUCCUAUUCAAUUGGGUCCAACUAGCCCUGACCGUGUUCGGUUUGUUCAUGGUGUUCGAUCCGCUAGGCUCAGUCAAUUAUGGCGAUAUGCAGGACACACCAAACCAGGUCCGACACCAUAGAAAAGUGACUGGCUUAUGGUCAAGAAGGUUCAGGUGGGCCUUCUGCUGGUUAAAGAGAGAUGAACAUGGGAAGGAGGCCUUUCAGCAGGUUGCUGCACUACUCAGCGCUUUAUUCAGAUCAACAGACCUAGUUCCAUCAGACGUGGUAGCUGGCUGCGUCCUCCUCCGCGUGCGUCAAAAGCGCGAGACGAGGGAGAUGCGACGGAUACAGAUGCUCAAUGACGAGGAGCCAAUUUACACCACUGACGUCAACAAAGUAUUCUCAGAAACACCACCUUGGAUGAAUCUGGACGACGCGUUACACUACCUCAGGCUUUCGAUAGCCGCGUACGGGUGGCCAUACGUUUUGUACCGACACUGUUUUACUGGUUUCUGCAAACUGGCGCGACACUUGACCUGUUGUUGUUGUAGACCAAAGAACUCAAUAGUGACAGACGACAAUUGCUGCCUGUGUCACUUCGCCGGAGUCAAGUACAUGUCGAAGCUCUCCGCCGAUGAUAUCAUAUUUGCAUCAUUCAACAACCGCGUCUUUGAGUUACCGUUUUGCGUGAUAGCGGAUCACGAUCGCGAGAGCAUAGUGGUGGCAGUUCGGGGAUCAAUAUCGUUGAGAGACAUAUUCACGGAUUUCACGGCCGGGUCGGAAAAAUUUGAAGCAGAUGGUUUACCAGAAGACACAGCAGCGCAUAAAGGCAUGUCCAUGGGCGCCGCCAAAAUGCUGAGGCGGCUUAUGCCGGUACUUGACAGAACUUUCCAGCAGUUCCCUCAUUAUGAUCUUAUACUAACAGGACACAGCCUCGGUGCAGGAGUGGCAGUAUUAGUGGCGCUAAAAUUAAGGCCAAAAUAUCCUCAUCUAAAAGUGUUUGCGUUUUCAACACCAGCGGGCCUUAUAAGCCGCGAAGCAGCCCGGUUUACGGAAAGUUUUGUGCUGUCAAUCGGCGUGGGCGACGACCUGGUGAUGCGACUCAGCGUGCACAGUAUAGAGAACCUGCGAACUAAAGUCAUACAGACUAUACAUGCUACCAAACUACCUAAGUACCGGAUAAUGCUGAACGGCUUCGGCUACGCGCUGUUCGGCGUGCCGGCGCGCGACCUGGAGUCGACGUGGCGGCGGCCCGAGGACCUGGAGGCGAACAACUCCGACGACUCGGACGCGCUGCUCGUGCAGGGCGUCUCCACCGUGAGUGCUGAGGCGGCGCUAGUGUCGAGGAACGUGUUCGCGCGGCGGUUUUCCUCGGCGCGCCUGUUCACAGCCGGCAGGAUCUUGCACAUUGUUCGGCGCAAGCGCAUGGGGAUCGAAAACAAUGAAUCGGAUGAGGAAAGAAAAGUGCGCACGCAGGAACCUACAUACGAGAUGCGGUGGGCAUGUCCUGAGGACUUCAUGGAACUACAAGUGAUGCCUAGGAUGCUGCUCGACCACUUGCCGGAGAAUGUGCACCGUACGAUACAAACGGUGAUAGAGGAAAAACACUCGUACCGUGUUACUCACGUAGUUUAAGCUUUAAGUGAUAUUUAGUAUGAACGUACAACAUUUGGUUGUAAUAGCUAUGAAAUAAAUCUCAGAAUCGUUACGAUAAUGAUAACGGAGGAAGAGAAUCUCAUAUAAGCAUGGUUAAGUGGGUCUCAUUCCAACUGUUAGAUUGUCAGUACAGCAAUCAGGAGCGUAGCAGGAUUAUGUGACCAAAUGAUAGUCUCGAGAAAUCAAUUUUAUCAUUAAAAAAAAACUCGAGUCACCGAAACUUAAUUUACAUAUUAGUUCCUUAUUAGGAUUCUCAAUUUUAUUAUUGACUUAGUUUUCUUAAAUCGCUCAAUUUUCGCGAUCCUCCAAAAGGUUUUGGCAGUUGGGGUCUGGUGAUUGCUUUGUUGCUACGCCAGGCCGGCAGACAGGGACCAGGUGGUCCGUACCUGGGUCUCCAUGUAUUGAGCCCAAGAAUCGGGAUGUGUUGUAUUUUUAGCUACCUACUAGAAGUGUUUUUGGGGUUUGAACAAAGCCUGUAAUUUGUAAAUACUUAAUUACCUAUUUAUUUUUAGGUAGAUUAACUAUUCAAUUGAGAGAUGUGAUUAUAAAAAUUACUUAUUGAUAAUUUUAUAAAAGGUUCAAAACCGCGAUCUUGGGUCGUUUUAAUCUCAGACUCGAGAAUUUGAUCGAAACGUUUAUACUCUUUCACUCGACAUGAAAAUAUGAAACAUAAGGCGUCUAUUAGAUAUAAUUUUUUCGAUGAUAUAGAGAAAUUACUUGCGAAAUAUAGAAUGGAUACGGUAAUAUCAAUUGAUUAUAUGAAUUAAAUACUCGGUUGGCAUGGACCGCCCUCGGGAAUCUUAAGUCGGAAUGUUAGGACGCAUGUUGAGCUAGACCAGUGAUUUUUAACGUGUGGGUCGCGAAACCCGAUGAGGGGGGUCGCAGUAACUUUGAAAGUUUAAUUUUUAGAAGUAACUGCGACCUUCUUAUAUAGAUAGGCUUUUGAAGUAAAAAAAACAAUUUGAAAAUGGUCUAUGGAUUCGAUACGGAACGAUUGUAAUGAGUCUAUGGUUGUAACAUAAAAAUUACAAGUAAGUAAUAAACAUCGGAAGGUAGGCAGUCGCCAAAUAUUUUUCCAUACUAAGAGAACCGCGCCAUGCAUAAGGUUCAAAAACACUGAGCUAGGCCAACCAGACUCGAGGGGCAUCCAUAUCAUGCCAAGACGUCCAUAAUAUAUGUAUGCCAAAAUAAGUACAAUAUAGGUACUAAUGAUUUUAAUCAAGUUCUAUCUAACUCAGCUGUGUUUAUUUUAGUAUUAGAUAAAAUAUUUUUAAUUUUUAUUAUUUUUCUAUUGUAAAUAAUACUUAUGUAAGAAGAAUAAAUAUUUUUUUAACGACGAUGUAAAGUAGAAAGCAAAUUCAAAAUAAAAUAUAACGAAAUCAAAUAUAAUACUUAUACCGACAUAAGUACCUACAUUAGUUAAGUGGAACCAUUUAAACGUUUAUUCUAAAGUUCAUCUAUUCUAAACUUCAUGAUUCUAAAGUUUUGAUUUUAAUGUAAAUAAGUAUGUGAGUUAACUUUGUUAAUAGGUAUGUAAAAAUUGAAAUUAAAAAUUGUUCUGAAACGGCAUUAAUAGGUUUAAUGUGAGACUGUGAUGUGAUGAUAAUCUGCAACAGAACAAAAUUUGUAGUUAUCUUCGAUUUUAUAAGUACCUCUCUAGAUUCAAUUUUCGAUUUGUGAAUGGCUGGAAAAUGGUCCGUGCUAUCUAAAUCGGUCCAUAGUUUUCACCGAGUUUCAAUAUUAAAUGUAUUUGUAAUUUGUCAUCCUCAUUUUGCAAAUUAGCAACUUUGCUAUUUGUAAAAAAUGGCCAUAAUAUGCCCGCUUUCCCUCCGUGGACGAAACGUAACGCCUAUCCAAUUUUGUCUGUAAUAUUUAACAAAUAACUAAGUAAAUUUUGAAAAAUAGCGUUGUGUUAAAUAAUUACCCACAGAUAAUAACAGAUAGAUUGAAUAUUGAAACCGGACGUUAAAGUAUGCUAGUUUAUGACUUUGCAAUGCAUGUAUUUGUACAUAGUUAUAAGCUUAUUAAAAAUUAAGGCUAUGUUUCAGAAACGUUCAGAACGUUCUGAUCUCUUUUAGACGAUCGGUGUUAUAUUCCUUUUAAACGAAACUCAAUUCUCUUGCUUUAGGUGGAGUUGAAAACUCAUGUUUUAUUUGCUCAAUUGAAAAGCAAUUUAUUUUUAAAACGCGUAUAAAUCGCAGUGCACAUUAGGCUGAAUCAAUUCUUGUAUCUUUUUAGUGUAUUUUCCACAAAGGCCUAAAUAAUAACAGCAUAUUCUGGUUGUUUGUAAAGGAUGCAUCGGUGUAUCAUCUAUUUUGCGUCUAAGACCUCGUCCAAGAAGUUCACGUAUACACGCGCGUACGUUGCGUCCAGAAAGAGAGAACGCGCGAGCAUUCAAGCCACUCCAUUUGUGUGGAUGCAACCUAGUAACUCGAACGACGCCGAUAUUCGCACGAGUCACGAGUCCGGCGUACUACACGCGAUUUACGCUCGUAUUAUAAAUUCGGGCGAUGUUUGUGGACGCGAUGUAUUCGCGCCCAGUACAACGUAGUGAUUAUAUUCUCUUUGCCCAGUACCUCACCAACGUGCGUUGCAAAACGAUUUGUGCAAAACGAUUCGUGGCGAACUUGCUUCUUUUCUGAACAAGGUCUUACUAACGAUCAAAGAUUAAAAAAGUUAAAAAAAAGUAGGGCAUUCGCGGCCAGGAUACGAUAAACUAAAACGAUACAAAUGACGCAGCCUUAAGUUAAGGAUUGUGAAGCUACCACGAAGUACAAUAACUAGAAGUUAGAGUAGGAUACUGCGUUACCGGUGUCAAUUAUGUAGAAAAUACAAAAUUUUUACUUUAUUAUUAUCUGUAAAUAAAAAUAAUUUAUUGCAGAAAUAUUAAGCGUCAUAUUUUUUUUUAGUAGACGCAAUUAGCAUAGAAUAUUUUCAUUCAUUAAAGGUGCAAUCUAAAUUAGGUACUACUUAAUGGAACAACACACUUGAAACUCUUUCAUACUUCUACGUACUACGUACUAAAUUGGACAUUGCGAACAAAAAUUGUAUUACCUAGGUACUUAUUUUACUUGUUCUAUGAAACAGUAUAAAUUAGUUUUGACAUUAGGCUGUGGGCAUCCUAUUAUGCAAAAGCGAUUUGCAGUCCGCAUAAAUGGUUCGAACUGAGCAGUUUAGUACGUAGAGGUCCUUGCUUUUAUAUUAAUUCACUACUUCUUGAUUUAACCUAUCUACUUAGGAUUAUAAUAAUUAAUUUAUGAUACCUUGGGGAUCAAAUUAAGCGAACUUGAUAAAGUAUUUACUGAAUAUACCUACUUAAUAUCUUCUUUGUAGCAGCAACGUUUACGUACGUUAAAGCAUUUACCUCUUAAUCAUAGAGUAGGUAGAUAAUAUUAUACAUUCCAAUCUCUAUGUACACUCAGUCCGUUGGUAUUGAAUUUUACACUUUUAUUCUUUAUUUAUUUGUAUUUAGCGAGAUGUGUUUUUAUUUAUUUACCUACUUACUUUAUCAUGUUUAUUUUUAUUUAUUUCAUUCAGUAAAAACCUUCCCUGUCUACCUGAAUAAUGACUUAGUUUGAAAUCUUGCCUCGAUUUUUUUGUGAUUUAUUUUUGUAAAUAAUAUUAUAAAGAUGAAGAUCAUAUUCUUGCCCAUCUUACCAGUAACUUAUCUUAUCAUGAAUACAUAUUAAACUUAUUCUUUGUAUUUAUUUAUUUUUAUGAUUAACUUACCCUAAUUUUUUCGUAAAACAACAAAAUACUAUAUAAAAUGUUCUUUCGAUAGACAGACAAUGAUGACUAUAGGUACCUACUAUUUGUAUUAUUGGUGUUAUAAUCGCGAGAAUGAAUCUCAUUGCGCCAUUUCUUAUGAAUUUCUUUUAUUCGCUAUUCCAGUAUUCUUGUAUUUAUAUAUAAAUCAGUCUCUCUGUAUGAAAAGCUUGUGUAUGAGCCUGUCAAAUAUUAUGUGCUCAAAUUUUUAGAGUGUGCAUGAUGUAAAAGCAAUUAAGCGGAAUCUAUCGAACGCGCCCCAUACAAACGAAAUUUACUUCUUAUUUGAAUAGUAACCAAACGUUCUAGAUUAAUAAGGAUUUUCUUUUACCCUUUAGAGUCCGUGUAAUUUUAAAGAAAAUCACAGAAGACAGACAUUAGUUUCCUAGAGCGUGUCUACAUUUGAGUUGGAUCGGUAUCAUCCCAUAAGCAAAAUUUUGCGACUUUUGGAAGCUUUUAAUACAUCGCGGAAAAGCGCAUAUGGUUCAAUACAGUAAAAAAGUUUUGUUUUUC